AUGGCGACACCCUCGCGCCCCGCCCCCGACCGCCGCACCUCCACGAUCCAAAAGCGCGCCUCGCUCCUCCCAAAGCCGUCCUCCAUCGUCCUCGACCCCUCCGUCCUCAUCGCGCAGCAUGCACAGCUCACCGGCACGCACCCCAUCACCGUCGGCCCCAGCACGGUGCUGCACCCGCACUGCAAGAUCAGCAGCACGCUCGCGCCCGUGGUGCUCGGAGAGGGCGUCAUAGUCUACGAGAGGGCCAAGGUCGGCGUAGGCAUGGGCGACGGCGUGGACAUGGACAGCCGGCGCAGUAGCGUUGCGUCGCGGGCGAGCGUGCGAGACUCGAUGCGCGGAGAGGGCACCGUGCUGGGACGCCAUGUUGUGAUCGAGACGCAUGCCGUGAUUGAGGCUGCCGAGGUGGGCGAAGGGACGGUGGUGGAGGCUGGCGCGUAUUUGGGUAGAGGCUGUGUCGUUGGGAAGUUCUGCACGAUUUCCGCAUUCUCCGCCGUACCUGCCAACGCGCAUCUUCCCGAUUACACCGUCGUGUACAGCGGCUCGGAGCGCCGGCUCGACAGGACGCUGCAGACGCGGCCCGAGGUGCAGGACAUGAAGACGUCGGUGCAUGUCAAGCAGCUGGAGACAUUUAGGAAGCUCUUGCCCAACAAUGUCGCCAAGUGGGCAUGACAUGCCUUGCCAGAUAGCCGUUGUCGACGUUUUCAACAAAGCCCGCGCGUUCCCGGUUUCCAGUCGUCGCCCGGAUACCUCGGUCUCCCUCCUAGCGCCCGACCUUUGCAGGUUUCAGCGCUACGCCAUGGCAGACUUCGCCAUGCUGUGAACGGCUGGGGCAUGACAUUGGGUUGCGGAUGACGUUGAUACGAGCUCGCACGACUGAGCGCGACAGCUUCGUUUCUGGGACACGGGUGAAAAUGACGUGCAUGUGCUCAAUGAAAUGUGGACAUGCUGAUAGAGGGCAGGCGGGUGCACGCGUGGAA